UAAUCUUUUCUGAGUGCGGUGCGAACAGUCCGGGCGUUUGUCGUCGUCGCAAAAAGAAAAAGAUUAUUCUCGUUUCGGUGGAACUUUCGGCCGUAAUCUUGAUACGUGUUUUAGCUCGGUUUGUUGUGCGAAACGUAGUACCCGAUACUGUUUCGGCGUGUGAAAUUUCCUGCGUCUGAAAAGUGAAAUUCCGAAGCGUCAUCCUUCGCUCAUCUUCCAUGGCAGCAGGAAUCAUCCAGCAGCAGCAGCACCUUGUGUAUUGGUUUGCUUCCUUAUCAGCUUUGGUGGCUGCUAGCCUGGCAGAGCAGUGAUUAAAACUCAUCGGGUGCCGGAACGGUCUCUUUCUAUCUCCGUCGUCGGUCGGCUUAGUCGCACGUUUUGUUUGUCAGUUUGUCCUUCGCGUGUUAUCAAUAGUUUCCGGGCGAUCCAGGAGAUGGUCAGACAAAAGAAAGAUUCGGAGGCUGGUCAGGCUUCUGAUCUGAUCCUUUAGCUCCCUAACAGUGACGUUGAAAAUGUGCCAGAACCACUAGUCUGAAUUUGUUUAGAUUAGCGGGCUCGAUCGUGUUACAGGUCAUUAUCAAUAUACGUCUUAGUGAAGAAAAAGCAGCUUUGACUGCUGGCCCAUGUCGUGUUUGUGAAGUGACUUUCAUCCAUAUAAUGGUUGCAGUAGUUCUUCUCAAAACAGAAAUGACCUUUGCGCGCUUUUCGGUAGUGAGAUAGACGCAUAGCGUUUCAAGGUGGCGCCAAUUACGGGGACGCAAACUGGAAACAGGGAAUGUGUUAUAAAUAGCAAUCGCGGAGUGGAAAAUUACCGAAGAUCGGAGCAAGUAAAACAGUGAACAAAUAAAAACAAGAGCAAAAAUCCGCGGCCGCGGAAUAAGCGAAGAAAAUACCAUAUUGAAAAAGAUUGCAUUUCUCAAGUGAAGGAGAAAGAGAUAUUGAUCAGUGCGAGAUCAGCUGUGUUUGCGCGUGCGAGUGUUGUUGUGUCGCGUCUUUCGUUCUGGGGGAAGAGAAAAUCGCGAAUCAUGGUUCUACAGUGGUGAAGAGCCGGAUACAGCCUGGAAACUAUGGCCAACCGGUCCUCGUUUGGGUAUAUAACUUUUAUUUUGACCUGUAUGUGCAGUCGUUAAACUUUGGCUGUGAUAUUGAUUAUCAGCUCAGAUCGGCGUUUAGUAUCACGCAGCAAGGCCAAACUUAUUCGUGCAGAUAGGCUGUGUGUGGUAUCAUGUGUGCGCCGAGAGCAAAGUGUUAAAACAUUCCGGAAUGUACUAUAACGGGAAGUGAAAAACUGGCCAGGCGGAUAAAAGCAGCCUCCCCCGCGCAAUAUGGAUGUGUGAUAGCAGUGCAGUGUGGGCCAGGCCAUAGACCAACCCCCAACCAGCCAGUCGGUGGUAGUGCGCGAAGAUCACCGUUGUAGCAUCAGCGGUUUCGAUGCCUCUCAGUAGACGCGUGUUUAAGUGUAACUGUGUGCCGUCUUGUUUACAAAAUUCGCGUUAGAAGCCCUUCAGUGACGCUGGUACAUUAUGGGUGGUUUUAUUUAUAAGCAAUUGAACGAGUGAUUUUUUGCGCAAAGUGCAACAAGUUGUGUUAUUGUUACUGUUUUUCGUAGUAUUGUAGAAGCCGGUUGAGAAGAACAAACUCCCGCGUAUAUCGUUUUCCAAGUUAUGACCCCGGGUCGCACCACUAGGAUGGAACGUAGUAGUGUAAUUGGCGCCGGACUCGGCAGUGGCGCCAGCACUAGCGGCGAAGAGCGUAAGAAACCCGGGGAAACCAUCCAUUCCGGACAGUUUAUGGUUUCCCAUUUUGAAACCGAAGGACAAGAAGAUGAAGAUGAUGACGAUUUGGGCAUGCAAGUGGUGGUCGAAGAUGUCAAGCCAGCCAUCGUUGACACGGUCAUCUCGAAUAUCAUUUCAAAACGAAACCCGGAGCUGUCGAUGGAAACUGCCAAUUUGAUAGCUAGCAGUUCUAAUGCAAUCGUCCCGUUGAGGAGCGGCACGACCGGAAUGGAAUUGAUAAAAUACGCACAAAAACGACAACCGCUGCAACUAACCAGUCGUCACACCUCGUCUCAGGUGGAGAUCGAUACGGACCUGUCGACUGUUUUUAAUACGCUCAAUGUCACCUAUACACAAAAACUGACAUCACCAAAAUGGAACCCCUUCAAAGGUAUCCGACUGCGGUGGAAGGAGAAAAUUCGCCUAAACAAUGUUAUCUGGCGAUGUUGGCAUAUGCAAUUUAUUAUGAAACGGAAAACCCUAGUUUGUCAAUUUGCAUCUCCAUUAGACGUAGACGUACACAAUACGCCUCAGGCAAUUUUACUCGAAGGAAAAUAUUGGAAGCGGAAGUGCAACGUUAUUAAGGCUGAGUACAAAAAAUGGCGCCGGUUCUACGUAAACAAAGCGCUUGGUGCUAACAACAUUAUAGAUACGACUAGUGAGCUAGAUUUCUUAGAAUGGUCACCCCAUGGCAGUGAACCACUGUUUAUGAUUUCUGAUAGUAUGCCGACUGAUACUCUUUUUUCCACUUUGUCACAAUAUCCAUUUCCAGAUUCAAGAGAAAUAGCACGAGGCGCUGGUCGAGCGGAUUUCAUUCAACCUAGUCUGGGACCACUUCAACCAAAUUUCGACGAUUUGAUGGACCUUGACUUAGACUUUCUCAAUUUUUCGCGGUUGGCGCCAGUACCUGAGGAAGGCUCCGAGGAUAUACUCAAAGCUAUUGAGUAUAAUUACCCAGGAAGCUCGAAUCAAAUUAACAGUGGCAGCAACAUACAAGAGAUAACAGACUCCCCCGGAAACACAAAUCAACAAGCUUCUUCACAGUUGAUACCCCCGAGAACGGCUGGUAGUGGCAAUUCUGUGAUCACCGGUCCCGGGACCUCCGUCAGCAUCAAUCAACAACAGCAGUCAUCCGUGCCAUCGAUUAUAGUGCCAAGCACAAUACAAUACUCCGCGAAGGUUUUCGCUCAAGGCGUUUCCGACACCACUGCUGCGGUAUCUUCAGUGAUAGCCGCACAGCAGCAACAGCAACUGAGCAACGCAAUAGGAAAUUAUCUAAGUGCCCAGCUGGGCCAGCAAACGGCUAUAAUAACAGCGAACGUCCCUUUGGUGGUUUCUAGUGGUGACAACGUGCGAUCUGUUGCUGCUGCUACCGACGACGUCAGCAAAGACACCAAACCGAGGUUUUCUCGGUCUUUUCCUAGGCAUUUGGGACGAGAGCCACACAACUACGACAAAUGUCCACCAACUUCACAUCAGACUAUGGCAUAUAACCUUGUGUCUCAACCACAAAUGGAACCAAAUAUGCUAAACAAUCCCUACCCCCCGGGUUCCUAUCAAAUGCAGCCAGGUGGCAUUAUUCAAAUGUCCGGAACCCCUGACAAUCAAAAUUUAUUGACUUACAAUAUACAGCAGCCGCAGCCUAUCAGUUCGGCUGCAAAUGCUAUGAAUCUUUCCAGCAGUACCGUCGCGGGUACCAGCAACCCAAAUUUGAUGAUGCAGAACAUAAAUUCUAAGCUCCUGACGCAUAGUCAGUCACUUCCGGUACAAAAUCAACCAAACAACCAGAAACCCCAACCACGUUCAAUAUCGAUGCCAACGGCACCGAAUUAUCCCCCAAUGUUGGCACCACAACAAUCGCCUCCCGGAAGUAUUUUGCAGCAGCACCAACAGGAUGCCUUCAAAGGUUCACUUCAUCCCCAGACUUCCAGCUAUAAAUCCUAUCACAGUCACCAACCCCAACCGUAUAAAAUUCCCUCACAAAAUACAUUAUCAUACGGUAGCUCUGGCCGCAGCAUGCGUCAUUCAUCGCCACCUCAUGGACACCAACAGCAAGGUGUGAACCUAAACCAGCAGCCAACCAUAGAGCAAUCCCAACAACAGCUACAAGAUCUCCAGCUGCAGCAGCAACAGCAAUCUUCAUCUCAGUCGCAGCAAAAGCGCUUACCACCGCAUCCAACCAAAGAAAUGUUUCGCUCGAACAGUCUGCCCAUCAAUGCAACAUUUCCGUUGCCACCGAAGGAAGAAAACUUUGCUGUACCUCGCUAUCAGGCUAAGCCAAGUCCCAAACUAAGAAUGCGUAGCAACUCAAUGAUUAUAAAACAGCCUGGAGGCAGCUCAAUGGCACCCAUCAGUGGCGCAAAUUUGCUUCCCAGCCUUCAUGCGACUUCCAGCGAACCUGUUUUAAACAUGGGUAACAGCGCACUUUUGGCGCAAUUGUUAACAACUAACAAUACGAGUACCUUAUUUAAUAUUAAGCAACAACCCACAACUUCGAGUGCCAUAAGUAACUUACAAACGUCGCAGCAACAAUCUCAUCAAGCAAUUGCUCAACAACAUCAUCAUAAUCAACAACAACAACAACAUCAACAUCAACAACAACAGCAGCAGCAACAACAAUCUACCUAUCAACAACCUCCACUGGGCAGCCCAAUAUCACCUAAUUCUUCACAGCUGCAUCUGAAUCAACCACAACUUAGCCCUCAACAGCAGCCGCAUACUAGUGCCCAGGCACAAAAUUCUGUAUUGUCUUUUGCCUCAACUUCAUCCUACAGUGGUAUUUCCAUUCCAAAUCAAUGCUUAUCGCCCGAGCUGAUGCUCGACAGUGACACCCCGAUGUCACCAGUCGGUAUGGCUUCCGGAUUGCGCGAAUCCAGUAUCGCUAGCCCAUCCACUGGAAGCGGCGUUGGCAACAAAUUCCAUCAACAGCAACAACACCGUUCCGAACAUCAGCGCAGAACGGGACACAUCCAUGCCGAACAGAAGAGACGCUACAAUAUCAAGAACGGAUUCGACAUGCUGCAUUCGCUCAUACCUCAGCUGCAACAGAAUCCUAACGCCAAGCUGAGCAAGGCCGCAAUGCUGCAAAAGGGAGCCGAGUACAUCAAACAGCUGCGCUCUGAGCGCUCUACCAUCAAUGAGAAGAUGGAAGAACUGCGCCGUGAGAUUGAAACGCUGAACAACUCUUUGAGCAAUCUGCAAACAUCACUGCCGGCAAGUGGCGCUCCAGUGUCCCGGCAAAGAACUGGUCGCGUCAAUGAGCUAUAUCAACAGUACGUUAGACAACGUACGAUGGAAAACUGGAAGUUCUGGAUCUUUGGCCUUAUAUUCGAGCCGUUAAUGAAUACCUUCAACCAAACCGUGUCUGUUGCUAGCUUGGAUGAAAUGUGUCGAUCUUGCCAACUGUGGGUAGAUCAGCACUGCUCGCUUGUGGAGCUCAGACCGGCCGUGUCUAACAAAUUACGUCAGCUGUCAACAACGACAGACAUUCUAUCAGAUCCACCUACAUCUCUUCAGGAGGAAGUGCUGAAAGCUAUGGCCUCCGCACAACCAUUGCCCGGUUCCAGCGGUGCACCUACUGCAGGAAGCAGUAGUCACAGUGGAAGUAACGCGAACAGUCCCAAUCCACCGUCCGGUGGCUUUUAAAAAAAUAUAUAUAUAGAUAUGAUGACAAAAUAUGGCGGAGCACUGCAUUGAUAGCAACUUUUAAGAAUGAGAUUACUGUGUUUAAACAAUCAAUCAGUGCCUUAGAAAGAAAUUUGUCCCUUUAUGAAAAUAAACGUAAACGAACCUCAAAUUGAGGGACAACGCCACCCAUUUCAUUGUUACCUGAGAUUACAUGUGACCAUUGAUUUCCACUAUCCGCUGCAAAUGCGACUAAGCGUUUUACUUAUAGCAACAAUGUUGAACCGGCGUGAAUGCCUAUGAUUUGAUCAAUUACCUAGUGAUAGCAUUUGCUUUCGAUGAGUAACAGUUUCAAUCCGUCGAAUAUUUGUUUGUCUGAUGCUUACCAUUAUGACACCUUAAUUUCGCAUCGUACAUAUCCUAGCUUUGAGUCGUAGAGAAUAAAAUUCUAAAUCUUAGUCGUACUAUUAAGUUUAUUUAAGCUCAAAAUGGGGACUGAGCAGCAGUCAUUUGUUACAGCUUGGCAGAUAUAUGAGUGCAUAUUUGAAAGAA